CAGCCACUCUAUAACCUCACUCUAGAUUGAGUGGCUAUUAUAGUAGUGGCCUAGGUCUUGGUUCAUUCGGCCGUUCGGCAUUCGUGCUAGCUAGAGCAACGUUUUCUCCCUAGCUGCCGCGGUUUACUGCCUGAUCUCCGCUCAUCGCUCGUUAUCGUCUGAGCGUCUUGUCAGGUUACGCCGGGGCGGAGUUUGCUCAACAAGGCUCGUAGUAUUAGGUCAAUGCUGCCCUAGAUUUGCGCAUUUGUCUCCGUCUGCAGCGUCUGCAUACAAACCGCUAUUGCAAGGUAGUUUCAGAGCAGUCUGGUGCUUUACCAGCAUGUUUAGGGUUUCUAGUCCUGCAUUUUCCCGUUCUGUGCUCUGAGGCGGUUUCUAAUCCAUAGGCGACUUAGCCCGAGAAGUUUUUCUUCCAGAUUCAGAAGAACGACGUACUUUGCACCUUAGUUUAGGGCGGCGAAUACCUGGCCGGGGGAUUUAAAGCGUGGCAUCAUGGACCAGCGGUUCCAGUUGACGGAGCUCAUCGGAAAAGGGUCUUUCGGAGAUGUCUUUAAGGGCAUCGACAAGGAGACGGGCAAGCAGGUGGCUGUGAAGAUCAUCGACCUCGAAGAAGCUGAAGAUGACGUGGAGGACAUUCAAAAGGAGAUUGCUCUUCUUGCAGAGUGCAGGGCACCCAACAUCACCAGGUACUAUGGCAGCAGCGUGCACAACACCAAGCUAUGGAUUGUCAUGGAAUUUAUGGCGGGUGGUAGUGUGGCGGAUUUGCUCCAGGAGUCCCCUCUGGACGAGACGUCCAUAGCCUACAUUCUGCACGACCUGCUACAGGCUCUGGAGUACCUGCACUCGGAGAAGAAGAUCCAUCGUGAUAUCAAAGCGGCCAACAUUCUGCUGAACGAGGAGGGUGAUGUGAAGGUGGCAGAUUUCGGUGUGUCGGCCAAGCUCACCAAGACCAUCUCCAAGAGAAAGACCUUUGUGGGAACGCCCUUUUGGAUGGCGCCUGAAGUCAUUCAGAACACCGACGGAUACGACGAGAAGGCGGACAUCUGGUCGCUGGGUAUCACAGCCAUUGAGAUGGCCAAGGGGGAGCCGCCCUUUGCUGACCUGCACCCCAUGAGAGCGCUCUUCCUCAUCCCAAAGGACCCUCCGCCCCAGCUGGACGACCACUUCUCCAAGCCCUUUAAGGAGUUCGUCAACCUCUGCCUCAACAAGACUGCCAGAGAGAGGCCCAGCGCCAAGGAGCUGCUGAAGCACCGGUUUGUCAAAUACGCUCGCAAGACACCGCGAAUCAUUGACCGUGUGCGGGAGAGGGUGGAGACUUCGGGCGACCGCAUUGUGUCGCCGCGCAUGAAGCCAGACGAGCCUGCGGAUGGACCCCCCCAGUCCGCUGCUGCUGUCGCUGCCGCCGCUGUUGCUGCGGCUUCUGCUGCCAGCAGCGCUCCCAGGCACAACCGCAUGACCAGCUGGGACUUUGGCACGGGCACCAUGAAGCCCACUGAGACGCUCCGCCGCCAGAUCCGCGCUGCUGUGGCCGAUCCCUCCGAAGGGGCCGGUGACGCGCUGGGGCGUGAUGAGGGGGGCGGGGGCGGGGGCGGGGGGGAUGGGAACGAUGGGGGGAAGAGGAGUGGGACGUUGCGGCGCAAGCCGCGUGAUUCCAGCACGGGGACUGUAAAGAGGGGCGCGAAUACGGGCACUGUAAAGGCCAGCAAGGGGAAAGGGGGAUCCUCGGGGGGAUCGGGGGGAGGAGCAGGGGGAGGAGGCGGGGGAGGAGGCGGGGGAGGAGGCGGGGGAGGGGGAGGGGGAGGAGGUGGGGGGGAGGAGGGGGUGGCGAAUGGGGAGAAAGGGGGGCUGUAUGGAAGUGGAUGGGGGAGUGAGAGUGAGGGCUCAGGCACCGAUGAGGAAGGGGAAGGGGGCAAGGGGCGCAGGAGAGGCAGCAAACCGCCGUUGCCUGACGGCUCUCAAGCGUCUGCCUCGGGCGAGGGUGGCCGCAUGGAGGACUCUGCAACAAACAUGGCCGAGGCUCUCAAGGCAAUGAAGGGGGGGAAGAAGGGUGGGGGAGGGCGGGCGAGCAGAGGAGGCGGGGGAGGGGGAGGGGGAGGAGGGCGUGGGGAUGGCAUGGAUGGCGGUACAGUUCGAACAAGGUGCGUGGUGUGGGAUGAUGGGACGAUGGGAUGAUUGAUGGGAUGAUGGGAUGAUGGGACGAUGGGAUGAUGGGAUGAUGGGAUGAUGGGAUGAUGUUAGGUUGCAUGGUGUGGAAUGACGCUGGAUGUUGAGUCGAAUUAAAAAUAAUUAGGGCGUGGGGAUGCCUUGGAUAGCACAGUUAAAUCCAAACCACUGGAUUACAGUGUUGAGUGGCCAAACACAUCACCUUUGCCGAUCCAUCACCCCCCCCAACCCCCUCCAUCCUCCCACUCCCUCUUGCCCCUCCAUUCCACCCCACCUUUCUCUUUAUUCUUCUGGCCAAGGAGUCCCAGAAAAUCG